CUCUUUCCAGACAAAAACACCCACAACCGCCCGUUUCACUCUUUCAUCUUCACUAUAACAGACAUCAGCUAUCACUCACUCGUGAAAUUCAGCAGUACCUGACGACCGCGAUCACGCCACCCCCGACGCGUUCCGCGAUUAUCCUGAUAAUAUCCAUCCUUGCAUGCGAACUUCCUUCAUGGAUCUAGAGCCUCUCUCACCUUGUCCUCUCACGCGAUGAGCAUGCUCUUUGGAUAUCCUUUCAAAUCACCAUCAUCUUCUCUCUAAAUCCCAUUGACAUGGCCCCACGCUACAAUCCGUCCUUGAAUGGACCUUAUCACAUUCAGCAAAACCAUCUUCAAUCCCACGUUUCUUCUCAUCAACAUGGCGUCCUCCCUCCUCCUGCGCAACUCGGCACUCCUGCGUUCGGUGCAGGCACAUCCUCCUCGGCCAGUCCAUUCGCCCUCACCAGCAACCUAAACAACGGCUUCGAUCGCAGUAUGCUUGACAACGGUGUCAUGCAGGGCCAAAUGGCCUUCGCUAGAGGCGGGCCAGUCCAAGCACAUCAAGGCUAUGAUUCCAUCGGGGGUCCUCUCGAAAACAAGGACGACGCCCGUAUCCGAAACGUUUGGAAGCAUAACUUGAAGGAAGAGAUGGACACCCUCAGGAAAUUAAUCGAUGAGUAUCCCUAUAUUGCAAUGGAUACCGAAUUUCCCGGAAUAGUUGCGAGACCCAUUGGACAGUUCACCACCAAAGCCGAUUAUCAUUAUCAAACCCUGCGAUGCAACGUCGAUCUCCUCAAGAUGAUCCAGCUUGGAAUCACUCUGUUCAAGCCCGAUGGUUCGCUUCCCCCGCCAGACGCUGUGUCCCCUGCGAAGUCCCAAUUCCAUCAGAAUCUCCUCCCCACGCCGUGCACGUGGCAAUUCAAUUUCAAAUUCUCUCUCGAAAGCGACAUGUAUGCCCGCGAGUCGACCCAGAUGUUGACAAAGGCUGGCAUUGAUUUUGAGCGGCAUGCCAAACAUGGGAUUGAACCUCAAGACUUUGCAUCACUACUCAUGACAUCCGGUCUUGUGCUGGAGGAUGACAUUCACUGGAUUUCCUUCCACUCGGCCUAUGACUUUGGCUACUUGAUGAAGCUCAUGAUAUGCAAGCCGUUGCCUGAAGACGAAACGUCGUUUCAUGCUCUACUCGAAAAGUUCUUCCCAUCUCUCUUCGAUAUCAAAUACAUCUUGAAACACAUUGGCGCCAAGGGCUCGGUGAAUAACAAUCAACCUUUGACCCACGAUGCUACCCUCAUCGUGCAGCGGAUUAUGACAAAGUCUGGGCUUCAGGACAUCGCUGAGGAGCUGGCAGUUGCACGCAUAGGGCAAGCGCAUCAAGCAGGAUCGGAUUCGUUGCUUACUGGGCAAGUUUAUUUUAAGAUGAAGGAAAAGGUGUUCAAUGGCACCUUUGAGGAAGACCGAUAUCGGUCUCAGGUCUGGGGUUUGAACGGUCAAAUGCCGACCACUUCUGGAGGCAACAACCGCGACUUCAACACGCCCAACAUGAACGGAGCCACGUUUUACAAUCAAAAUGGAACGCCAUCGACGCCGCAGACGGGCAAUAUCGGCAUGGCUAGUGGAUCGUCGCACACGCCGGUGCCAAGUCACAUGAGUGGGAUGACUCCAGGAGGAUUUGGGAAUUUCCAGUACCAGAAGGCAAUGAGUUAGACGCCAGAGCCAUGCGUCGAGGAAAGGCGGCGGGCAUAUCGUGCGGAGACGAAGCACGCGAGUGCCCAGGACGGCGUUGACGAUCUUGAAUUUUAUGACACACCAGGCUUGGGCGAGUAUGCCUGUCUUGAGAGACAGCGGAGCGGUGGAUGGCAAUUGGAUGGCAGCGCACCUCGAGUUUGUUCCCCUGUACAGCAGAUGACUGGCGUUGUUUCGGGGCGACAUAUAAUGCCAUACAACUCUCAGCAUGAAGUGAUGCGCGAAGACGAAUACCAGUCCUUCACAUGGCAUGACCAAAAUCUAUCCAGUUCGAGCAGCAGAAAUCCUCUAUCACGUGCAUUUCCUUCGGUUUCACCAGCAGACCACCGGCAUUCCAUGCCUAUAGCAAUUCCGGUGCAGCCCCUUGAAGGAGCAAGCUCUAGGCCCUUUGAGCGCUCUCACGCACAUCCCACAAAUGAAGGAUCACGCACCGCUCCAACUUUGUUUCGUCCAAGACUCGUAUCACCGCGGCACAAUUACGUCUCCAGCGAUGGGCUAAUCACAAAUCCUAUUCAUCCUUCACAUGGUUGGCGACCAUGGUCAGCGCGUUCAAAGCCCUAGUCCAUCCAGCCGUCUUGGGACACUGGCGUGUGCACGGCAACGCGCCAAAGACAAGCAUACCGACGACAUGAUGGCGUGCAAAAUGCACUUUAGUCUCGGCCCUAUAGCUUUGAUAAUUUGGAGCGAUUGCCCACGAACGCGAAGCGGUAAAGCUCGAUGUGGACACAUGUUGUCUCUGGUAUUCGACUCAUGUGUCUGGACGGGUCGGAGAAUACGGAGUACGGAGUUGAGUAUUUUGCAUGGGUGUCCUGGUUGUGGACCUUAGGGAAGGGGUAGUUUUUGUUCAGUAGUUGAGUUACAUACUUGGGGAUGGAAGAGAGGUGUGACCGGUGCGGUGAGUUGUUGUCGUGUCCUUGUGUUUUUCGUAACUCGGUCUAAAUGUCGAGGCGAAGAAUGUGACUGGCCUCGAGGAUUGUAUUGUAUUGCACCGAAAUUGGUAUCGGGUCAAAUUAUCCUGUAAUCAUAGCAGAGAUGUUG